AUGAAUGUCGAUAGGAUAAUUUCACUGCUUAGACAGGCCAAACACAUCAGCGAGGAGACAGUUUACACGUUAUGUCUCCGGGCCCAGGAACUGCUGAUGAACGAGUCGAACGUUACGCGUGUGGACACGCCAGUGACCAUCUGUGGUGAUAUACACGGUCAGUUACACGAUUUGCUGACUCUAUUCGAUAAGAGUGGAGGCCUAGAGAAAUCAAGGUAUAUCUUUUUGGGCGAUUUUGUUGAUCGUGGGUUUUAUUCACUAGAGUCAUUCCUCCUCUUACUAUGUUAUAAGCUAAGGUAUCCGGACCGUAUUACACUGAUACGAGGGAACCACGAAACAAGACAAAUCACCAAAGUGUAUGGUUUCUAUGAUGAAGUGAUGCGCAAGUAUGGCAAUAGCAACGUGUGGCGCUAUUGCUGUGAAGUGUUCGACUACUUAUCACUUGGAGCUAUUGUCAAUGGCCAAGUAUUCUGUGUACAUGGAGGGUUAUCUCCAGACAUCGGAACCAUCGACGAGAUAAGAUCUAUCGAUCGUAAGCAAGAAGUACCGCACGAGGGAGCCAUGUGUGAUUUAUUAUGGAGUGAUCCCGAUGAGGUUGAUAGUUGGUCUUUAUCGCCUCGAGGAGCCGGAUUCCUGUUUGGCAAGAACGAAGUGGACCAAUUCUUGGCCCGUAACGACGUCGAGCUCAUCGCCAGAGCACACCAGCUGGUCAUGGAAGGCUACAAGGAGAUGUUCGACGGUGGAUUGGUUACAGUUUGGUCCGCACCAAACUACUGUUAUCGCUGCGGAAACAUCGCCGCAGUACUGCGAAUAGACGACAACCUCGAACGUCAGUACACAAUCUUUGAAGCUGUUCAACCUCAGAACGGUGUCGGAAAUCCCAUCAUACCGACUAAGAAACCUCAGAUGGACUACUUUUUGUAG